GAACCUCUCAAUGAACUUCAUAAUUCAGCCUAUAAAAAUCCCUUUUCCCCCAAAUUGAAACAAAACCGCCGUCCUCUGUAUUCUCCGUUUUAUCUUUCCGAUCUUCCGCCAUGGAGCCCGGUGGUCCGCCCACCCCUCCGCCGCUCCCUCCGCCGCCUACUGGCGCCACUCUCCUUGGCAAGUACCAAUUGGGCCGUUUCCUCGGCCGUGGAAGCUUCGCCAAGGUUUACCAGGCCCGUUCUCUCGCCGAUAACUCCGUUGUUGCCGUCAAAAUCAUCGACAAGAACAAAACCAUCGACGCCUCCAUGGAGCCCUGCAUUGUUCGUGAGAUCUCUGUGAUGCGACGCCUUCAGCACCAUCCGAACAUCCUCAAAAUCCAUGAAGUUAUGGCGACGAAAACGAAGAUCUACCUCGUUGUCGAUUACGCUUCCGGAGGUGAACUAUUCGCUAAACUCCUCCGCCGUGGCCGGCUGACGGAAUCCACCGCUCGCCGUUACUUUCAACAAUUAGUCUCUGCUCUCCAUUUCUGUCAUCAAAGCGGCGUCGCUCAUCGUGACAUCAAACCCCAAAAUCUCCUCCUCGAUGAAGAAGGUAACCUAAAGGUCUCCGACUUCGGUCUCUCCGCUUUACCAGAACAGAUCAAAGACGGAAUGCUUCAUACCGCCUGUGGAACUCCGGCGUACACCGCGCCGGAGGUUGUUUCCCGGCGAGGUUACGACGGAGCAAAAGCCGAUGCGUGGUCCUGUGGCGUUAUCCUCUUCGUUUUACUCUCUGGUCAUCUUCCAUUCAACGAUAACAACCUCGUGGCCAUGUACAAGAAGGUUUAUCGCCGGGAAUAUCAAUUUCCUGAUUCAAUUUCAAAGCCGGCAAGGCAUUUGAUCUUCCAAUUACUCGAUCCAAAUCCAAAUACAAGGAUGAGCAUCGAGGCGUUGAUGCAACAUUCAUGGUACAAGAAAUCACUGCGAUCAAAGCCCCAAAUUAGCAACAGGAGCUUAUUUGAAUCAUUGGGUAAUUACAAAACUGAUUUGGGUGUUUCUGGAUUGAAUGCAUUUCAUAUAAUUUCAAUGUCUUCUGGUUUGGAUCUGUCUGGAUUGUUUGAAACAACAGAUUGUAAAAAGAAGAGAUUCACAACAGGGGUUAGUAUUGAGAAAGUGGAAGAAAAGGUAACAGAGAUUGGAGGAGAAUUGGGUUAUCGAGUUGAGAAAGGGAAAAGUGGGGCAAUUGGGUUAGGGAAAGGGAGAAUGAUUUUGGUGGUUGAAGCUUUGGAAAUAACUUCAAAUCUGUUAAUGGUGGAAGUGAAGGUAGCUGAAUCCAAGAUGGAGUUUGAGAGGAUGCAUUGGGGUGAUUUGAAAGCUAAGUUGCAAGACAUUGUUGAAUCUUGGCACACAAAUGAGACAAUGUAGUAGUAUGAGAAACUGGAUUUUUUCGACAUGUUUCGGCGGCCGAGCCGUGGCAGAGCUCUGCUGGAGGGUUCGUUGUUUAUAAACAUGUUUAUAUGCAAUGGGAUUUUAGAGCUUACUGAGGGAAGGAAGGGAAGACAUUGAUUCUUUUCUAUGUAAAUGAGAUUCAAUUUGAUGAAGGUUCGCACUCCUGAUUUCUUUUUUGUUUUUGUUUUUGUUACUUGUUCUUUUCUUGAACCACAACAAAUUUUGUGGUACUUUGUUUGAAAUAGCAUGGUUAAUCUCGAGAAAGUUCAUUUCAGAAAUUGAUAUGAACUGAGAAAUGGAAAAGAUCCCACCAUGAUUGAAAAGAUUGAAGAAAA